GAAGGCAAAGGGUGGGGGUGGGACCUGGGGGGUGGAAGGCAGGUGGUCCCUGGGCGCUGCCUGGGAUCUGUCUGGGAGAAGAGCCCACCGCCUUUGCCUCAGCAAUGCUCGCAAGAAGAUAAGUCGCACUCCCCACGAUCUUGAACGGGGCCAGAUUCCUAGGGAAGGCUCCCUUGGGGAAUGUAGGACUCAUUGCAGGGCUGGGGGUGUUGGGAUCCCGGGCAUUAACCAGGUCCAGCCACAGAGCCGGAAUAACUGUUAUAUCGUGUCAUAUACCCCCUUUCUCUCUGCCAUCAUGAUUUUCCAUGGCAGCAGCAUUAGCAGUCGCCUGAGGGUGAAAAUGUGGGUGAUGGGGAAGUUGGUAAUGACUCCGCUGUUUCUUCUCAUGGCUCCUUUGGGCAACACCUGUCCGCCCCCGGUAUACACUGUAGUUGAUUGCAGGGAAACCCUGUACCUCUCCCCUUCCUUCUCUACCGAUUUUGCACUUUUCUCUUUGCUCACCACCAAGUGUAAUCAAUAACAAGCACUGGCAAUACAUAGCAAUAGUGAAAUCUGGAAUAACUUAAGAAUUGAUUAGGUACUGCAGCCAUGGAUCUGGCUGGGUAAAACCCAAUUGGAUAUUUCGGUUUCCUUCACCUACCCUGUUUUGGUGUUUGGGGGGGGGGUUGGGUUUUUCUUUCCCCCCCCUUUAUAAUUUUUUUGUUUUGGUAUUUGGAAAGCAGGGAUCAUUACACUCCCCCCCCCCCCCCCCCCCGCCCCGUUCCUUAUCAUAAUCCCUUCUCUAAAGAGGGGGAAAAAUCCGGAUGGAUUUGAAGGAUUGGACUGGUGUCAGCUGUGUUUUAUUGCACACCUAAAUCCUGAUAAUAGGCUUUUCAUUUCCCCCCAAAGCCUUUAUUUUGGCAUUUAAGCCAAAUGCGUUUUCCAAAAAGUUAGUUCCAAGUAUUUUCUCCUCUCUGUCUUUCCUUCCUCCCCUUCCUCUUUCCCCAUAACCCCAAACGUUAUUGUCCAAACAUGACUGGACAGCAGCUUUUGUUUCUUGACCCUGUAAUAUGACAGUCUGCUAAUAUUGCCAGAAGGUGCAGUUUUUGGGUUACAGUCGUGAUUUUAGCUAUUCAAUCAUAUUAGCAGGAAAAAAAAAUGACUUGUUUCUGUUGUACUUGAGUCUUAAGAAAAAGUGCCCAUAGUUUAGUGACAAUUUCCAAAGGCUUUAGUACCACCUGUAUUUCAAAAUGGGGGACCCAAACUCCCGGAAGAAACAAGCUCUGAACAGACUACGUGCUCAGCUUAGAAAGAAAAAAGAAUCUCUAGCUGACCAGUUUGACUUCAAGAUGUAUAUUGCCUUUGUAUUCAAGGAGAAGAAGAAAAAAUCAGCACUUUUUGAAGUGUCUGAGGUUAUACCAGUUAUGACAAAUAAUUACGAAGAAAAUAUCCUGAAAGGUGUGCGAGAUUCUAGCUAUUCCUUGGAAAGUUCCAUAGAGCUUUUACAGAAGGAUGUGGUACAGCUCCAUGCUCCUCGAUACCAGUCUAUGAGAAGGGAUGUAAUUGGCUGUACUCAGGAGAUGGAUUUCAUUCUUUGGCCUCGGAAUGAUAUUGAAAAAAUUGUCUGUCUCCUGUUUUCUAGGUGGAAGGAAUCUGAUGAGCCUUUUAGGCCUGUUCAGGCCAAAUUUGAGUUUCAUCACGGUGACUAUGAAAAACAGUUUCUGCAUGUACUGAGCCGCAAGGACAAGACUGGAAUUGUUGUCAACAAUCCUAACCAGUCAGUGUUUCUCUUCAUUGACAGACAGCACUUGCAGACUCCGAAAAACAAAGCUACAAUCUUCAAGUUAUGCAGCAUCUGCCUCUACCUGCCGCAGGAACAGCUUACGCACUGGGCGGUUGGCACCAUAGAGGACCACCUCCGUCCUUACAUGCCGGAGUAGGGGCCUGACCAGCAGAGCGGAAAGGAUCAGGGAGCGCAGCAGCAUUUUGUUUCCUUGUUUUCUUACACUUUAUUCUUUCAGAGUUUAAAGAAAAUGGACUCAUGCACAGAACACUAUGCAUUUUGAAAUGUGUUCAUCCUGGAUUUUUUUUUUUUUAAUUAUUUGUGUCUCAGAACUUAAAAAAAAUUAGGUGUCUUCUGCACGGACUGUGUGAAAGAAGAUGCUUUGCAUAUUUGCUGCACUGCAUCAGCAUUCUGCUAAAAAUGUGAAGUGAAAGGACAGUUGUACACUGAAAUGCUUAAAUGUAUCUGAAAGCACAAGGUGAUACUCUUUUUUGAUGGUCUUUCCAUUUAUGCUGGUUUUUGCCUCUCUGACAUCUGUCAUCAGUAUUUAGAGGGUGAGAAGGGAAUGUAAAAGGUAUACAUAACAUUGAGACAAACGGAAUAGCUUUGCCGUAAUCACCGUCGUUCCAGAGCACUGUCAGAUUCAUUCUAAUGACCACAAGUGGUUGUUUAAAAAAAAAAAAAAAAAAAAUACAACCACGGGGAAGAAAUCUUUUAAGAAAAAAAAAAAGCAUCUCAUUGUAGGCAUUCUUGCCUCAUGUUUUACUGGGCCAUGUUUGUUUCCUGGUACUCAUAAAUAAAUGUAUGUAUUUUAUUUCCAGAUCUCUUUCCCCAAGUUGUUGUUAUAAAAGAGUAUUCUGCUGAAUGUGGAUACAGUUCUACACAUUAAAGCAGAUCUGGAGUCUGAAGUAGCUAACGCAGCUGUAAAACUGAGAAAUCCAUGCAUAGCUGCAGAAAUCAUGAUAGGGAGAGGACUUCCCUUUUUUGGUUUUUGUUUUUUGGUUUUAAAGAGAAGAGGUUUUUAUUACAAAGAAAAUGCAGUGAAUUGUGCAGAAAUACUGGUUUCUACACCAUCCUAAAAGAAAACUUUAGGAGGGUUUCUUGGAAUAGAAAAAAGUUACUAAAGUUGGCAUCUUAAAUUGUUAAAAAAAAAAAAAAAAAAAAAACAGAGUGUCAAAGCUCUAAAAGCAGAACUCAUUUUGUGCAAUGAACAUAAGGAAAGACUACUGUAUAGUUUUUUGUUUUUUCUUUUUAAUGAAGAAAAGCUUUGCUUAAGGGUUGCAUACUUUUAUGGAGUAAAUCUGAAUGAUCCUACUCCUUUGGAGUAAAACUUAGUGCUUACUGGUUUCCAAAUGUAUUUAGCUUCUGGUUGGAAUUUGAAAAAAAUGAAAACCUAAAUAAAAUAGGUGAAAGUUCCCUGACUAUUCAGGUGAAUACACAAAA